CCCUUGCCAGCCUGUCAACGUACACUUGACUUCUUCCUCUGGUGAAGUGGGUUUACUUAAAUUUGCAGGGAAAAAAUGCCUCAACUACUGAAAAGCAUCAUUGAUAUCAUUGAAGUUUACCAGCAAUAUGUACAAAGUGAUUGUGGUGGAACAGCACUAAGCAAAAAAGCUCUGAAGAAUCUCCUGCAGAAGGAGUUUGGAGAUAUUCUCCGGAGACCACAUGACCCCGAGACUGUGGACCUGGUCCUGCAGCUUCUAGAUCGAGAUUGUAAUGGGUUUGUUGAUUUCAAAGAGUUUCUUUUGCUAUUGUUCAAAAUAGCUCAAGCUUGUUAUUAUGCGCUUAGCCAGGCCACGGGGAACGAAGAGAAAAGAAGAGUUAAGCAAGAGGAAAACCAGAGGAAGCGCGAAGCCCAGGAGAGGCAACUCCAAGAGGAAGAAGAGCUGCAGCGAGCCGAACAACAGGAACGCGAGAGGCAGCGAAGUGAAGGGCGCCAGCAGCGGGAGAGGCCGAGGGCCUCUAAGGAAGAGCAGCUGCAGCAACAAGAACCAGAAAAGCGGCUCCAGAAACUGGAAAGGAGACUCCAGGAGCGCGAGCGGCAGGUCCAGGAGCGCGAGAGCCAGCGCUUGGACGACGAGCAACUGCAAAGACCGGGAAGGGAAAAACAGAGAGAGAGGCAGGUUCGAGAAGGGGAGCAGAAACGGAGACGAGAGCUCGAACAAGAUCUUCGCCGCCGCGAGCAGAGACAGGAGCGCGCAGAAGAAGGGUACGGAAAACGCGAGCAGGAGAGGCAGCAAAGGGAGCGGCAGAGAGAGCGCCAGGAAGAAAGCAGGCAGGAGCGCGCAGAGCAAAGCUUGGAGGAAGAGCCCCAGCUGAGACGUCAGGAAGAAAGACAGACCCGCGAGCAGGGUGAGAGCCGCGGCCUCCGGCUGCAGUGGCAACUCGAAAGGGAAGUUCAAGGACGGCAGAACAAACUCUACUCUGAGCCCCGCAGACAGGAGGAUGGCCAGUUCCUGGAGGAAGAAGCGAGGCGCCGACAGCAGAGAGAGGAGAGAGAGCGGCGUCAGGAGCGAGAGAGGCAGCUGCGCGAGGAAGAGGCACUGCCGCGUCAGGACAGAUUCGGGCAGCUGCGGGAUGGGGACUACGACAGCUUCGGGGAAGAGCAGGAAAGACAGCGGCGUGAAGAGGAGCAGGCUCGCCGGCGACAGAUACGCGACCGGCAGCGCCAAGAAGAGGAGAGGCGCCGCGACCUCAAAGUCCAAUGGCUGCCACAAGUAGAAGCCGAAAGACGCCGAAGCCGCCUCUACUCCAAGCCCUCUGAACAAGCCCGCGAGCAGGAACGUCGGGAGCAAAGGGAGAGGCAGCUCCAGGAGGAGGAAGAGCAGCUCCAGCGCCUGGAACAGGAGGUAGAAAAGAGGCGUGAAGCCUUAGAAAAGAGGAAGCGCCAGGAGCAGCGGGACAGACAGUACCGGGAGGAAAAGAAGCUCCAAGAGGAGAAAGAGCAGCUCCAGCGCCUGGAACGGGAGGAGAAGAGAAGGCGCCAGGAACAACAGGACAGCCAGUACCGUGAGGAAGAACAGCUCCAGGAAGAGGAAGAACAGCUUCAGCGUCUGGAACAGGAGGUACAAAAGAGACCUAAGGAGUUAGAGAAGAGGAGACGCCAGGACGAGCGAGAUGGACAAAACCGGGAGGAAGAACAGCUCCAGGAGGAGGAAAGGCAACUCCGACGUCUGGAACAGGAGGUAGAAGAGAAACGUGAGGAGCUAGAGAAGAGAAGGCGCCAGGAGCAGCGGGACGGACAGUACCGGGAGGAAGAGAAGCUCCGGAAGGAGGAAGAACAGCUCCAACGUCUGGAACAGGAGGUAGAAAAGAGACGUGAGGAGUUAGAGAAGAGGAGGCGCCAGGAGGAACGAGAUGGACAGUACCGGGAGGAAGAACAGCUCCAGGAGGAGGAAAGGCAACUCCGACGUCUGGAACAGGAGGUAGAAAAGAAACGUGAGGAGCUAGAGAAGAGAAGGCGCCAGGAACAGCGAGAUGGACAGUACCGGGAGGAAGAGCAACUCCAGCGCUUGGAACGGGAGGAAAAGAGAAGGAGCCAAGAGCAGCGAGACAGACAGAAUAGAGAGGAAGAACAGCUCCAGGAAGAGGAAGAGCAGCUUCAGCACCUGGAGCAGGAGGUAGAAAAGAGACGUGAGGAAUUAGAGAAGAGAAGGCUCCAAGAGCAGCGGGACGGACAGUACCGGGAGGAAGAACAGCUCCAGGAAGAGGAAGAGCACCUCCAGCGCCUGGAGCAGGAGGUAGAAAAGAGACGUGAGGAAUUAGAGAAGAGAAGGAGUCAGGAGCAGCGGAACAGACAAUACCGGGAGGAAGAACAACUCAAGGAGGAGGAAAAACAGCUCCGACGUCUGGAACGGGAAGUAGAAAAGAGACGUGAGGGGUUAGAGAAGAAGAGGCGUCAAGUGAAGCGGGACAGACAGUUCCGGGAGAAAGAACAGCUCCAGGAGGAGGAAGAACAGCUCCAAGAGGAGGAAGAGCAGGUCCAGGAGGAGGAAGAGCAGCUCCAGCGUCUGGAAAGGGAGGUAGAAAAGAGACGAGAGGCAUUAGAAAAAAGGAGACGCCAGGAGGAACAGGGUAAACAGUACCGGGAAGGCGAGAAGAUCCAAGAGGACGAAGAGCAGCUCCAGCGCCUGGAGCAGGAGGUAGAACAGAGACGUGAGGAAUUAGAGAAGAGAAGGCGCCAGGAGCAGCGGGACAGACAGUACCGUGAGGAAGAGAAGUUCCAGGAAGAAAAAGAACAACUCCAGGAGGAGGAGGAGGAGCUCCAACGUCUGGAACAGGAGGUAGAAAAGAGACGUGAGAAAUUAGAGAAGAGAAGGCGCCAAGAGCGGCGGGACGGACAAUACCGGGAAAGAGAGAAGCUCCAGGAGGAGGAACAGCUCCAAGAGGAGGAAGAGCAACUCCAACGUCUGGAGCGGGAGGAGAAGAGGAGGCGCCAGGAGCAGCGGGACGGACAGUACCGUGAGGAAGAACAGCUCCAAGAGGAGGAAGAGCAGCUCCAGCGUCUGGAGCGGGAGGAGAAGAGGAGGCGCCGGGAGCAGCGGGACGGACAGUACCGUGAGGAAGAACAGCUCCAAGAGGAGGAAGAGCAGCUCCAGCGUCUGGAGCGGGAGGAGAAGAGGAGGCGCCGGGAGCAGCGGGACGGACAGUACCGUGAGGAAGAACAGCUCCAAGAGGAGGAAGAGCAGCUCCAACGCCUGGAACAGGAGGUGGAAAAGAGACGCGCGGCGUUAGAGAAAAGGAGGCGCCAGGAAAAGCGGGACAGACAGUACCGGGAAGAAGAACAGCUCCAGGCGGAGGAAGAAAGGAGACAAGAAGAGCGAGAGGAGAAAAGGCCGCGCCUGCAGCAGCGAGACCGGCAAUACCGGGAGGAGGAGAAGGAGGAGCUCAGAUUUCAGGAGAGAGAAGAACAAUCUCCUGAGAGCGAGGAAUUCCAAGAACAGGAGAGCGACCUGCCAUUCCGUGAGGAAGCCCAGAGCCGGCGUCUGAAAUGGCAGUGGCAACCCCAGAAGGAAAAUGAAGCACGUAACCGAAGGCUUUACUCCAAACGUAGGGAGGAUGAACAGAGAGAGGAGCAAGACGAUUCUCAAGUCCGAGACUGGCCAGCAGAUGAUGAGGACGAGUAUGGUCGUGGAGACCUGGACAGACCGUCCCGGUACGAGAAAUCUCGGCGGGGACAGGACAGGCAAUUCUACCAGGACGAGCAGGAAGAACGGAGAUCCAGGCAGGAACGAGAGGCGGAGAAGCAACGUCUCCAAGAAAGAGAUGGGCUGUCCCAGGAAGAAGAACGGAGGCUCCCACAGGAAAGGAGACGCCUCCAAGAGCAAGACGAGAAAUUCUUGGAGGAAGAGCAGUUGUCCCGAGAAGAACAAGAGGAAUAUGAAGAAAAGAAAAGAUUUCGUCAGAGCAGAGACAGGAAGUUCCGUGAGGAGCAGGAAUUUCGCAGACAAGACCAAGAGAGAAGGAAAAGACUUACCCAAACCCGAGACAGGCAGCUCCAGGAGGAAGAAGAGCUCUACCCUGAGGAACGAGACAGACAAUACCGUAAAGAACGGGGCUCCCAGGAGCCCCGGGACAGGCAGUUCCAGGAGGAGAAGAGCGUGCUCCGGCAGCAAAGAGAGGAACGGAGACGCAGGCAGGAACAAGAAGAAGAGCAGUUCUAUGGGAAGGAGCGAGAGCAAGAACUAAGACGGCGACAAGAACAAGACAGAACAUUUCGCGAGGAAGAGCAGCUCCGUCGCCAGGAACGAGAACAAGAGCUGAGACGCCGCCAAGAACGAGAUGGGACAUUCCCCAGCGAAGAGCAGCUGAGGGAAGAAGAACUAGAGCAAGAACAGAGACGCAGGCAGGAACGAGACAGGAAAUUCCGAGAGCAAGAGCAAAGUCUCCAGCAAGCGGUAGAAGAAGAAAGGAGACAACGUCUAGAACAAGACAGGAAGUUCCGUGAGGAAGAACAGCUUUACAGAGAGGAGCAGGAACAAAGACGUCGCCAGGAGCCGGCCAGGAGAUCCCGUGAGGAAGAACAGCUCCGCAGACAAGAGCUAGAGCAGGAACGAGAGCAGAGACGCCAGGAGCAGAGACGCCAGGAGCCGGCCAGGAGAUUCCGUGAGGAAGAACAGCUCCGCAGACAAGAGCUAGAGCAGGAACAAGAGCAGAGGCGCCAGGAGCCGGCCAGGAGAUUCCGUGAGGAAGAACAGCUCCGCAGACAAGAGCUAGAGCAAGAACGGGAGCAGAGGCGCCAGGAACCGGCCAGGAGAUUCCGUGAGGAAGAACAGCUCCUCAGACAAGAGCUAGAGCAGGAACGAGAGCAGAGACGCCAGGAGCCGGCCAGGAGAUUCCGUGAGGAAGAACAGCUCCGCAGACAAGAGCUAGAGCAGGAACGAGAGCAGAGACGCCAGGAGCAGAGACGCCAGGAGCCGGCCAGGAGAUUCCGUGAGGAAGAACAGCUCCGCAGACAAGAGCUAGAGCAGGAACGAGAGCAGAGACGCCAGGAGCAGAGACGCCAGGAGCCGGCCAGGAGAUUCCGUGAGGAAGAACAGCUCCUCAGACAAGAGCUAGAGCAGGAACGAGAGCAGAGACGCCAGGAGCAGAGGCGCCAGGAGCCGGCCAGGAGAUUCCGUGAGGAAGAACAGCUCCGCAGACAAGAGCUAGAGCAGGAACCGGAGCAGAGACGCCAGGAGCCGGCCAGGAGAUUCCGUGAGGAAGAACAGCUCCGCAGACAAGAGCUAGAGCAGGAACGAGAGAGACGCCAGGAGCAGAGGCGCCAGGAGCCGGCCAGGAGAUUCCGUGAGGAAGAACAGCUCCGCAGACAAGAGCUAGAGCAGGAACCGGAGCAGAGGCGCCAGGAGCCGGCCAGGAGAUUCCGUGAGGAAGAACAGCUCCGCAGACAAGAGCUAGAGCAGGAACGGGAGCAGAGACGCCAGGAGCCGGCCAGGAGAUUCCGUGAGGAAGAACAGCUCCGCAGACAAGAGCUAGAGCAGGAACAGGAGCAGAGACGCCAGGAGCCGGCCAGGAGAUUCCGUGAGGAAGAACAGCUCCGCAGACAAGAGCUAGAGCAGGAACGAGAGCAGAGACGCCAGGAGCAGAGGCGCCAGGAGCCGGCCAGGAGAUUCCGUGAGGAAGAACAGCUCCGCAGACAAGAGCUAGAGCAGGAACGAGAGCAGAGACGCCAGGAGCAGAGGCGCCAGGAGCCGGCCAGGAGAUUCCGUGAGGAAGAACAGCUCCGCAGACAAGAGCUAGAGCAGGAACCGGAGCAGAGGCGCCAGGAGCCGGCCAGGAGAUUCCGUGAGGAAGAACAGCUCCUCAGACAAGAGCUAGAGCAGGAACGAGAGCAGAGACGCCAGGAGCAGAGGCGCCAGGAGCCGGCCAGGAGAUUCCGCGAGGAAGAACAGCUCCGCAGACAAGAGCUAGAGCAGGAACCGGAGCAGAGGCGCCAGGAGCCGGCCAGGAGAUUCCGUGAGGAAGAACAGCUCCGCAGACAAGAGCUAGAGCAGGAACGAGAGCAGAGACGCCAGGAGCAGAGACGCCAGGAGCCGGCCAGGAGAUUCCGUGAGGAAGAACAGCUCCUCAGACAAGAGCUAGAGCAGGAACGAGAACAGAGACGCCAGGAGCCGACCAGGAGAUUCCGUGAGGAAGAACAGCUCCGCAGACAAGAGCUAGAGCAGGAACAGGAGCAGAGGCGCCAGGAGCGAGAGAAGAGAGUCCGCGACGAGCAACUGCGCAGACAGGAGGGAGAAGGGCAGCGGUACCGUCAAGAGUUCGACGCGCAAACGCGGGACCAGCUCCGAGACAGGCAGUCUAGGGAAGAAGACAAGAAUCGUAGGCAGGUGCAGGAUUUUAGCUCCCGUCAAAUUUCUAAACCAAUUGUCCGUUCCAGCCCACUGUAUGAAUAUAUUCAAGAACAAAGGUCCCAAUAUCGUCCAUAGGAGAAGUUGUCAAAGUCUGAUCACUUACCAAAGUUUAGACAACAGGAAAUGGAAAACACCGCGUACCAAGUGAUUGAUCAAGCACAAGUUCUUUUUGGUUAUGGGAAAACUUUUUCUGUCCAAAUAAGGGGGGGGCGGGGAGAAUUCUGCCCCUCCCCCAAAAGUUUAAUUUAACUUUCUUUCUUCAGUCUUUCUUGUAGUUCUUUACUACAGAAUGUCUUCAGUCUUUGAUGCAGAUGUGGUGUUCAUUAAGAAACAACAAUGAGGAAUUUAAGGGGGGUCUGCAUUCGAUUGUUCAUCCGAUCGUCAGAGUUAACACAAGAAUCAAGAUCUGCGGUUCUUCCUUGAAUGGGGCAAUUAGGCUUGAAGCUAUGUCAAUUUCUAAAGUUUGUGCAAAUUAAGAUUUCUCUGAAAACAUAAUUCAGCUUUCCUUCAACCCAGAUUACAUUUUGAGUGGGAGUUACCCCCCCAUUGUAGCUUUAAGGCUUCAUUUUUUGCCAUUUUAGACAGUGCGCUCGUGAAGGCAGUCCAUAAUUGAAAUAAAUGUUUAAAUUUUGAAAUCUGAUCACUUAAAAAUUAAGAAGACUUGGAUUCAGGACUGUUUUCUCAAAAUAAAUAAAUAGCCUGGAGACAACAAACAAAAUCAUGAAGCAAAAUCAAAGUGUUUCUUAAAAAACUCCACAACUCAAAUUUCAAAUAAAUAUAUAAGUAGAUGUCUAGUAUAUUCUAUAGUACUUUAGUUCUUUCCCCUAGUCCUUGAGAGGGUUGUAGAUCUUUGCACCUCUGUGAAUUUCAGCUGGUCAUGAAACCAACUCAGAGAAUUCUGAAGAUCUGCCUUAGUGAUUGGUACCUGGACCUACCAGAGUUAAUUAGGAGGAAGGGACAAUGUAUAGUGGAAAAUGUGUGGAGGACUGUACAGGUACCCUUAGACCCUAGGACAAGACCCAUCAACCCAUAACCCUUUGAGGCUCAUUGAUACUAUCUUGGGGACAUUCUUGUUGAAAUAAUUGGACUAUGGAAAUCAAUUAAUAAAUGUUUGG